UGCCUUGUUUAUAGCCUCUUCGUUUACCACCCUUGCGCGCGCGUGCCGCUGUCGUCAACCAAUUCCUGUCUGGAGUGUCUGACCGCCGGUGGGCGAGUGGGGUGUGUCUACAAGCGGAGAGAGCGUGCGAUUCAGACUCCUUGUACACAACACGACUCGAUUCGGGGAGAGACUGCCUGGAACCAUGAAGAAAUCGAGCCCGGCAAAGCAACAACCACCACCUCCGGCUGAAGUCACAGUGCCAGAUAACGAGGUUACUGUGCAACAACUGAACGAGCUGUUGUCAAACAGCAGCGGAUUUUACAGUUUACCAACACAGCAUUUCAACGAGGUCUUCCCUAGAAUAUACGUUGGUAACGCGUUUGUGGGCCAGAAUCUGAUGCGUCUGCAGAAGCUGGGCGUGACCCACAUCCUGAACGCGGCGGAGGGCAACUCCUUCAUGCACGUCAACACCAACGCAGAGUUCUAUGCUGGCUCGGGCAUCACCUACCACGGCAUCCAGGCCAAUGACAAGCCUCAGUUCAACCUCAGUACAUUUUUUGAGGAGGGGGCAGACUUCAUUGAGAAGGCUCUGGCACACAACAAUGGCAAAGGGAAGGUGUACGUCCACUGCCGAGAGGGCUACAGCCGCUCGCCCACCAUUGUCAUCGCUUACCUCAUGCUGCGCCACAACCUGGACGCCCGGGUGGCGGUUGCCACGGUGAGGCUGAAGAGAGAGAUCGGCCCCAAUGACGGCUUUCUGCGCCAGCUGUGCCAACUCAACGAGAAGCUGGCAAAAGAGGGCAAGUUGAAUGGGGUGAUGCCAGUCGUGGCUGCCAGGUUAAAGACAAAGUAAGAGGGGGAGAGAGACCCAAACCCUCCUAUUCUGCCUUCCAUAGGAGACAACCUGACUCAAUCCACCCUGACUGCCAAACGUCUCACACACAUGCACAUACAUGUAACAUGCAUGCACUGUACAUACAUGGUGACAGUCCCACAAUAACUCUCUCUCACACAAACUCUCCUAUCCGUCAUGCUGCCGUCCUCUUUCUCACCUUCACUCUGUCUCUCGCUCUCUGUCUCGCUCUCUGUCUCGCUCUCUGUCUCUCGCUCUCUGUCUCUCGCUCUGCUGGUCUCCUUGGGUACAUUUGUCUAAACCCCAGCCUGUUCCGAUAGUGGGGGAAGUAUGUUAGGCCGAGGGGUGUGGAAAAGAGGGUACCUGGGGCAUGCAGGCAUCCAUCUAACCAUGGCUCAGUGCUUUCCAGUUUACUCUGUCACCCAUCUUCUCUCUGUAGAUUCCAUAAGCAUACGUCCCACUGCUGGCACACACAGCCCCAAAGUUUUGACUUGACCAAUGAAGCAUUCCCUAGACCAUAUGUUUAAAACACUGAACAUUUCUCUCUGUGUUCCACUUGGAGCUCUGAGGUCGGAAGAGAGUCGGAAGAGUACAAAUAAUAUAUUAUAGCACAAUCAUUAAACAGAAUCCCACUGCCGGGACUGUCGGACUACAAUGAUGUCAUGACACCAACAAAAUGAUCUCUGACCAGUCUGGAAUGUUUUGGGACAUUUAGACUAUUCCUGAUUGGGUGUGACAAUGAAGCACCCUGACAUCACACAAGGAAGUGUCAUGGAUAGUGUUGGGUGGGCUAAUUUGGUGUAUAAAAAAAACAAUAUUCCAUAGAGACUGGCUCCCCAAGAUGUCAUACACACACACACACACACCCAUCAUGUCUAAGUAGAAGCAAUCAACACACACACACACACACACAUCAUGUCUAAGUAGAAGCAAGCAACACACACACACACACAUCAUGUCUAAGUAGAAGCAAGCAACACACACACACACACACCCAUCAUGUCUAAGUAGAAGCAAGCAACACACACACACACACCCAUCAUGUCUAAGUAGAAGCAAGCAACACACACACACACACACACACCCAUCAUGUCUAAGUAGAAGCAAGCAGCAACACACACACACACACACCUCAUGUCUAAGUAGAAGCAAGCAGCAACACACACACACAUCAUGUCUAUGUAGAAACAAGCAGCAGCACACUUUCUUUAUGUGCAUUUACAGGGAUGGAACCUAUUUACAAAGGAAAACGCACUUACCAUGCCAGACAGGUACCCACUGCCAAUUCCAAAGUGCACAUCCGUCGUUGUGUCCAUCCCAUAGAUAUACAGCUCCACUGUCAAUCAAUGCCAGAAUUGGCCGUUAUAUGUCAACUGCCUUGAACCAAUAUGUGCAUACUAAUGUUAUGCCAAUUUGGAGGUAAACACCCAAGGCUUUUCUGUUUGUCUGUAUUAGUUGCAGUAUACUGUAUGUCUCAAUGCCCUGCCAUCCUAUUGAAGUAUAUAUUUAAGCAAGAAGGCACGAGGGGGUGUGGUAUAUGGCCAAUAUACCACGGCUACGGGAUGUUCUUUCGCACAACGCAACCCAGAGUGCCUGGAUAAAGCCCUUAGCCGUGGUAUAUUGGCCAUAUACCACAAACCCCCUAGGUGCUUUAUUGCUAUUAUAAACUGGUUACAAACAUAAUUAGAUCAGUCAAAAUAAAUGUGGUAUAUGGUCUAAUAUACCACGUAUUUCAGCCAAUCAGCAUUCAGGGAUCAAACCACCCAGUUUAUAAUAUAUGAUCACAACCAAGAGAGAAACGUCUCAGAAAUGAUUAUAACCGGUGUUGCACAUACAGUUGUACAUGAAUUGAGAUGAAUUGUGGAAGGCUCUACAGCUUUCUGAAACAAUUUCUGUCUUUAAAUGACAUUCGAAUCAAUGGAAAGACCAAAGGUUCCAGGCAAGCUCACAAGACAUCUAACCCUGG